GUGUCACGAAAAUCCUUACAAAAACACAGGUUCUAACUGUCAAAUCAAUAUUUUUCAUUCAAUAUUUCAUUCGUUUCAAUCAAAUCAAUCAGUCAAAACAAAAACAAGUAUCUCUUAUUAGUCUGUGAAAAAUGAAAAACAAAUAUUCAGCUUAAUUUAAUGCUUUUUGCUAUCCAAGCGAUUUUUUAAUGAAUAUAAGGCUAAAUAUUGUGUAACUACACCAUGCCACGUCUUUUCAACUGCAAUAGUUAUAAUUUUUAAAUGUUACAAAAAUCGAUGUAAUCUGUUGAACAUGAGUUUGGUUAAGAAGAUUGAUAAUGCCAAAAAACCUACUAAAGGUAAACACUUGGCAUACAAGUGUGAUUUGUGCCCAAAGAGAUUUGUCAACAAGUGGGCAUUAGUUAGCCAUGGCUACUCCCACACCGAUGAGACUCCUUUCCAAUGCACACUGUGUGAUUAUGCGGGCAAGACGAAGAAGUACCUCAGUCGCCACAUCAAGGCGAUGCACAUAAGAGACAGAAAAAUCGACUGCGAGGUGUGUGGGAAGUCCUUUCAAUUUGAGUCUAAGCUCAAGAAACAUAUGCUGGUACACACUGGUGAGAAACCAUACAAGUGUGAUAUAUGUGAGAAGGCAUUCAAUUCCUCGUACUCUCUCAACACACACAAACUCAUACAUACAAAUUCGAAACCCUUCAAAUGCACGUUCUGUCCGUACGCCUGUCGCGACUCCUCGACGCUGCGCAAACACAAGGAGAGGCACAUGGGCAAAAUCAAGUACUACACGUGCAGCGUGUGUAACGUAAGCUGCUCAACGAGGGCGACAUUAAAAGUUCACAUAGCGGAGACGCAUUUCAACAUCGACAUGAAGAGGAUGGAAUGUGACGCGUGCGGUCAACGAUUUAAACACAGGCAGACGCUGGUUACCCAUAUUCAAAUCGUCCACGACAAGUCCAGAUCGGCCAAAUGUGACAUAUGCGGCAAAACGCUCAGCAACAGAGGCAACAUGCGCUCGCAUAUGCGGACCCACGUCGACCAGAGACCCUACAAGUGCACGUUCAGGGGAUGCGGGAAGAGGUUUAAAGACGCUAGCAGUCGGGGCAAACACGAAAUAAAGCACUACCCGGAACGCCAGUUCCCGUGUAGUAUAUGUGACAAGCUGUUCACCAGAGAACAUCGCAUGCACAGACAUCUGAACACGCAUAUGCCUAAAGUUAAGAAAGUGGAGUGCGACUAUUGCGGUGUCCGUUUCUACAACAAAAACUACCUAACCACCCAUAUACAACGUAAGCACGGCAGAAAGGGACAGAAGUACGUGUGCGACCUGUGCGGGUUGGUGACUACCAACAAGCCUGGUAUAGUAAUGCACAUCAAAUACGGACACGACGCCGAUAAGCUAAAGGAGAUAAUAUGCGACAUUUGUCAGAAGACAUUCAAGAGCGAUUUCAACCUGAAACUACAUUAUUGGAGAGCACAUCGAAUGGAGUACAUGAUUCCACGCAAAUUUAAAAGAAAAUGUAAGAAAAAAAAUGAGUCUACAGUACAAGUUAAGGAGGAACCAAUAGAAAAUGAUUACGAGGGUGGGAACUAUUUCACAGUCACACCCAAAAUGGAGCCCUUAACUGAAGAAAAAAAAGAACUAUCGGACAUGGUUUCUGAACCGGAAAUUCAGAUUGAACUUGAAGAUAUCCCCAACGAUGUGCUGGAAGAGUUCAUUACUCCCGUACAGAAGGGCCCCGAGGACAGGAGGCUUAAAUAUACUAAACAUGUUUCCGUCGACAAAAAAUUAGAGAAGCGAGUUAGGAAAAGAAUCGACGGCCUAAUGGAGGAAAGAAACAAAAAGGCAGAAGAGAGAGUUAAUGAGGUACGCAAGAAGUAUGAAGAAAGAGCGAGAAAGAUGGCCAGCAGAACAUUGGAGCGAACGAGAAGGAAAUACAACAGGCUGAUACGGAAUGCCAUUAAAAACUCGGCGAAGAAAGAUAAAAUUAAAAUAAAACAUGGCGCUAUUUCUACACAAGAACAACAUUCGGAUUCGUUGUUAGAAGCAAACUUCUUCAUAAAACAGACCAUAGACAAUAGGGAUUGUAUUGUAGAUGAACCAGUCAGAGUCAAUACAGAUGUGCGACGAAAAAAUAUAAACGAAAUUAUGAGAAUAGAGAAUAAUUCUUUAUUUGAUGAAGGAGAAGAUAGAAUUGAAAGCGGAAUAGAGAGUAAAGUAGAAGGACGAAUAGAUGAUAUUGAAGGAAAUGAAAUAGACCAUGUCGAAAAUGGAAAGGAAAUGGAUAUUAAAGAACAAGAACGGAUAAACGAAAUUAAAGUAAAUGGAAUAGACCAUAUCGAAAAUGAAAAAGGAAUAGAUAUUAAAGAAGAAGAACGGAUAGACGAAAUUGAAGUAAAUGAAAAAGACCAUAUCGAAAAUGAUAAAAAAGAAAUCGAAGAAAAUGGUGUAGACAAUAUUGGAGAGCAGUCUACAAAUGUUAUCGAUGAAAAUGGAACUAGUACAGGAGACGAAGGGAUAGGAAAAGAUAUGAGGAGAAAAUCGGGGAGAAAUAGGAAAUUGAAUUUCAAAUAUGUCGAUGAAAAUGAAACAUGUGCAGGAGACAAACGUGAAAGAAAAGAUAUGGGAAGUAAAUCGGACCAAAAUAGGAAAUUGAAGUUCAAUACACACCAGUGCUAUGUUUGUUUUAAGUUGUACCAAACCAAAGAGGAGCUUUUAGACCACUGCAAAGAUCACUUCGAUCAGUGCGAGAUGCAAACUCUGAAGAAAUGUCCACUCUGCGACUACUCCACCAACCUCAGCAUUACCAGACACUUGAAACUAAAACACAAACUGAAAGCCAAAGUACUAUACGGAUCCUUUAAAGAUAAUAAACAAAACAACGGAACAAAAUAUUAUUAUGAAGUCCACGAUAAAAGAAUAAAGAAAUUAGAAAUAAUACCCAGUAUAAAAAACCUUAAUAAAAGAGAAAGCUGCAAAAUUGAUAAAAGGAAUAGAGAAAAAAAGGACAAAGAGGUAUUGAAGAGUAAGCUUGUCAAGAAAGGUAAGGAAUGGAUAGUUAUGAAAGAAAAAAUGAAGAUUAAUUUUAAAGAUUGUUUGCUACCUAAGUUUGAUAAACUUGAAAGUAUUAAUGUUAAAGGUAGCUAUGCUGAUAGAUUGAAAGAACUUUAUAAAAUAGCAAAGAAGAGUGGUAAUAAAAUGGUGUUCCCUUGCGAUUCUUGUGAUAAAAUUUGUCAAUCACUUGCCGCUUUGAAAUUACACAGUAGGAAACACGAGGAUAAUCCAAAACCUUUUAAGAAAAAAGUUUGGAAACAUAAACUUGAAGGAGAGAAUGUUGAGAAGAAAAAAGUAAAUAUGGUAGUUACAAAUUUAGAUAAUCGUACAGCGAAACCGAAACCGGUAGUGAACAAGCACAAAUGUGAUAAAGAGCUCAUUGAGUUCUAUGAACAAAAUAUAAAAGGUAGUGAUGUAGAAUUUUGGCAGUUCCUAAAAAUAUAUAACAAAAUGGAACGAGAAAAUAUCAAUGAUUUUGAAGAUUUACAAAAAAGUACCCAUUUUGGAUUGCAUUGUAAUGAAACGGUAGAAAAUACUAAUGAUUGCGGUCAACCCAAAGAUUCCUUGAAUUUAACAAAAGAAAAUAGUAAUAAUAUUAGAAACAAAACUGUCAAAAAGACAGUCAAAAAGACUGUAAGAAACGCAUUUACAAGAGUAGUAAGAUUAAGUAAACGUGAAGCGAUGAAAAGGGAUGAAGCUAGAAAAAGAUUGAGGGAGAAAAUGAAUUGUAACAGCUAAAAUAGUAGAUAAAUUAUAAGAAGUAUAUAUCUAAUAAUGAAUUCUAGGUUAGUAGUGCAAAUAUUGGACAAAUUGCCAAUAACUGUUUUUCUAAUACAAUGUAACAUGAAUUCUGCACUUAGUUGGUAUUAAACUAAUCGUAAGAAUAAGAAAAUAAUUUUACCUUUUUUUUAAAUUGAUGAUAUAAUAUAAUAUAUAGUAGUGGUAAUCAACUUUUUCUUCCGAAAUGGUUCCUAUGAUAUCUAAUAUUGCUUGCAAUAAUUUGUAAACGACACUAUAAUUCAGUGCAUAACUCAGAUAUAAUUUUGGAGGAAAAAACUUACUCGAGUUGUUUUUAGUUACUUUUGAGGUUAUAAAUUUUCUAAUCUGAAAAAACGGGGUAUUGAGUGGUUUAAUUAGGUAAAACGCUUUUAAGGGUUUUAGAGUUUGAAGGGUUAAAUGCCGAAGGAAGGAAGGAGGGCACCUUUAUGUAUUAUAUAGCUAUUACACCUAAUUUUAUAAAAUUAGAAGUUACAAUUUCACAAGGCCAGUAACACGAGUUUCCGCGGAAAACGAAGUUCGCAAAUUGCGGGCAUCUUUCUCUGUCACCCUAAUAACGUCUGGAUUGGAGUAAAAGAGAAAGAUGACCGCAAUUUUCGAUUUUCGCUCAGUGCCUCUCGCCAUUGGUCAAGCGCGCUCAUCUGAAAACUUUCAAUUUUGUAAAAUAGGGUUUUGUAUUUUAUUGGUUAGUUAUUUUCUAAUAUCUGCCUAGCAUAAUAUAUUCCAUUGAUUUAUUUAAAACCUACCGUUUAUAUAAGAAGUCAUUAGUUAAGUUUUUUUUUGUUGUUUUCUGCAUAAUUUAAUUGGCUUUUUAGUAUUUUAUUUUAUAUCUUACAGGCCAAUUCGGGUUUUAGUUAUUCGAUCUGUUUCCGAUAUGAUACUGAUCUCUAUUAGUGUCAAAAGUGACAUUUCUUCUACCAAACACGCCACUUUGGACACUGAUAGCGUGGUAGGUGAACUAAAAGCUACUACAACGCAUGGCGUAGCCUGUGUCCGUGUUUGCAACCCCUCUGGUGUGGCAGGUGUCCAUGGCCGACGGUUAUUGCAGUUCGUAAAAAAAUACGUAAAAAAAAGUUGUCUCAACAAGAGAUAUUUGAUAUUUUUGCUACGUCGAGUGCGGUCAUCGCUUUUAGUUCCACCACGCAUUUCGAAACAAAAUUUUGUUUCGGUGUCCAUAUAUGGAAAUUAUUACUUUUAGUACCAGUACAGUAGGCGCUUGGAAAUGCGGCGACUGAAAUUUUCCCCCCAUUAUGGAUCUCUAUAGGAAAUAAAAGCUUUAUAUACUUAGAAAAUAUUUGAGUCUACGUCAUUGACAUAUAUCUAAGGACGGGCCUUACAAGCACUAAGAAUGGUGCUAGUUCAGCGGUAUCGCUCACGAAUUCGAUCCAAUCUGCUGUAACGCAACUAGUUGCGACCAAUCGCGCGCGUGAUGCGAACUCAUCAACCAAUCGCGUUGUGGCAACUGCACGAUUGGCUCGAAUUCGUAUGCGUGACACCGGUGUGCUGGCCCCAUUCUUAUUGCCCGUAAGGCCCGUCCUUAGAUAUAUGUCAAUGGUCGACGACGAAUAUCCUUUCUUACACUUAUUGCAGGUGUAAGACUUUUCACCUGUGUGUUCUCUUUUAUGUGACUCUUAAUCACUGAAUUAAGCGAACGCUUUUUACAAGCUUCGCAGGAAUACGAUUUAAUAAGAGCGUGUUAUGACUAAUUGUCGGAUUACACAGCGUGUCGGAUUGGCGAGCGCCGGACUACCGAGCGCCUACUGUAGUUAGUAGUUACUCAUUCCUUUGUUUCUUCUGUCUGACUGAGAUCAAGUUUACUAAAUUAAGGGCCAGUUGUACCAACCACAUUAAAAUUAGUGAACGCUUUAACCUUUUGGACGCCAAUGACGGUAUAUCGGCAUCGCAAGUCCAACGCCAAAGACUGAUUAAUCCGUCACAGACCACAGAGCAACAUAGACCUAUGUGCAUGUGCAUAAAGUUUAAUUUCAGUUUUGACACUACGGUGACGUGGCGUCCGAGUGACAGCUUUUGUGUUUGACACGGCGUCGAAAAGGUUAACGCGGUGACAGACGGUUUGGUGCAACUGACUCGGUUGUUAUUUUAAAAUAAAUAUUGUUAACUUAAAAAUUGUUUU